UCAGUUUCAGUUGUUAGCGAACCACGGCGGGGACAGCGUGUCUCUCCCACCGUCGCCGCGCAAACUUUCAGAACGUGCCUUUGCUCGUACAAUAACUAAACUAGCAUUUCAAAUGUUUGUCACGUCUCUGAAUAAUGUGUUGAAUGGUAAUUAGUGCUUUUAUUUUGUACCGGACUGAAAAUUUCGUGGAAGCAGACGGUUAAGCACACGCUUUAUUUUAGCACAGUGAUUAAGUUUGCGAAAGUGGAGAAAAUUGCAAAAAAAUCGGUGUAAGAUGAAAUGACGCAAGUAUACAAACGCCACUGCACACUCGAAGUCAGUGCAAAUAAACAAUGCUACGGAUAGUGAAGAUCACGUGACGCCAUGGGCAAAGGCAUGAACGGCGUGACAUGGGAGACGGAGUCGCUCAUGGGCGUUCCGAAGCCCUCGGCGUGGAGCCGCCUCUGCCCUCGAGCGGCGCUCUCCCACGUGGGGCUGCUGGUGGCGCUCAUGCUGUACACCGCCGGUGGGGGAUUGGUGUUCCAAGCAUUGGAGCAUCCCGCAGAGAUAGCGAAGCUGGAAUCUCAUAGAAUGUGGGUGGGGCAGGCGCGAGACGCGCUCAUACAGUUUGUGUCAGACCCUGGGAGGAAUUGGACGGAAAUAAGUUUUCAGCUGGCACUUUACGAAAGAAUUCUAGAAAAUGCAGCUUCGAAUGGUUUGAAAAUAGAUAAAGAGAACAAUUUCCCCGCCGCCGAGGAGAAGUGGAGUAUUCUGCAGGCGGUGUUCUUCUCGUCCACCGUGCUCACCACUAUAGGGUACGGCAAUAUAGUUCCUGUGACAUUUUGGGGACGAUUAUUCUGCAUUUUUUAUGCACUUAUCGGAAUACCCCUGACAUUGACAGUCAUUGCAGACUUGGGCAGAGUAUUUGCUACCGUUGUUUCUGUUAUUGCCAAGCAGUUGCCUGCCAUGCCAAGAUGCUGCAAUAGAGUAUCAGAAGCCAACACAGCAAGCCAGAGAUCGCUGUAUGCUUUUUGGGCCGUGGGCUUUUUGUUCAUAUACCUGUCGGCGGGAGCUGGCCUCUUCAAGAUGUGGGAAGACGAUUGGACUUUCUACGACGGCUUUUACUUCUGCUUUAUAACAAUGACCACGAUCGGCUUCGGUGAUCUUGUACCAAACAAGCCGAAGUACAUGCUGCUGUGCACGCUGUACAUCUUGAUCGGGUUGGCGCUGACGUCGACCAUCAUCGAGCUGGUGCGGCGGCAGUACGCGCGCUCGUGGCAGCAGCUGCGCGCGCUGUCGGGCCCGCUGGCCGACACGCUCCGCCGGCUCGGCGACGCCGGCCGGGGAGUCGACGUGUCGGCGCUGCAGAAGGUGCUCACGGUGGUAACGAUGCCUCGCUUCAACGGCAAAGACGGGCUCUCGGACAAGCGGCAGUUGGAAUGGGAAGCGGCGGUGGAGGCCGUUAUCAGGGACAUCACCGCGCCGAUGACCAACCAGAAGAAACCCCCAAUUGUUCAGAUCGUCAUAUAUGAGUCCUCUGUUUAGUUAUUCGGUUUACUCAAUUAUUUGACCGUAUAUAUUAACUUUUCACAUCACCUAUUCGGAAAACGGCUUUUUUCCCCGAUAGGAAGUGGCACUUUUCUAUUUUUGAACAUAAUAAUUUCUUCGUAGGUGAUGUGUCACAUGGUAGCAAAUUUAUUUCUAUGUGGUUCCAAACAUCAGACACACAAUCUACAGAAGUGCAACAUUAAUCAAUGUAUUAUUUUGUACAAUGUACAAUCAUCAUCAAAUAGGUAGUGACGGCCAAAUAUAUCGACCUUAUUUCUGUAAGUAGUAACAAAGAUGCGUUACUAUAUAUUUGGCCAUUUUAUCCGUCACUAUCCAUUUUGAUGCGGAGUGUAGAUUUUUUUAAUUGGCUGCAGAUAGACGCCAUAAGUAGUUUAUUUUUCAAGAGGGCAAAGUUGUUUUUUAACUGCUCGUGCUGAUAUUGAUAUCCGAGCAACCGAAAGAUUCCAAACUUGAACCACAAGCGUAGUAGCGAGUUUCAAGCCACGAGGGUUGAACAAUCUUUGCUCCCGAGUGAAACACAAUUUUUUCGCCACACCAACGCGAGGGAAAUAUUAACUGAAAUAUUUAUCAUUUAAAAUGAUUGCUUAAAAGUGAAUUAUAUUAGCCACCAUGAGCAAAUACUUAACUGUAAAUUUGCAUCAUAUUACUUUGCCUCACGUGUGGAUAAAAUAAAAUGCACGUGACUUAUUUUUAAAACGUGUUUUUUAAUAAAAAAAAAAACACAUCAAGAUUGUUUACCUUAUUUCUAAUGCUAAAAAAAACGAACUAUAGCUAGCAGAUUCGUUUGAGUUUUUACAUUCGCUCUCGGUGUGUGAUGUAGUUAUUCGCUAUAUUUUUGUAAAUACAUUCGUAUACUUACCUCGAUGUUUGGCAGUUGGCAUCGGAACUUGGUUUCAUAUCUUGACACACAUCCAACACCCAUACAAAAAAUGUCAUGUCAGCUACAUAAAAUGACGCAAUUAGAGCGAGUGUUGCGCUGUUUUUGUUUUCGUUAUAAUUAUUUGAAGUGCAAAUUUCACUUUGUCAGUCAUACGUGAAUAAAUAACUGAGUUUAAAUUUAUAACAAACAGACGUACCGGACCGCGACCUUGGUCCGGUCCGAGGGGAAGGUGGUCCCCGCCGUACGUCCGUUAAGGACGCAACUGUUCUAUAAGUGAGAGCGAGAAUGAGAUAUGCUGACCGGUUCAAGGUCACGGUCCGGUACGCCCGUCUCUUACAGCUAUUAAAUUUGAAUAUUUAUUUUAACUAGUUACUGCCGUCAGAUUCUACAAGUUUGAGCUUAGCGCAAACAAUUGCCUUGCGUUAUUAAUUGGAACAGACAGGCCGAUUCGUAUAUUGACAUCAGAAUGAUAUUUGAAUCAUCUUAAUUAACUUUAUCUUGCAUUUCGUUCGUACUUGUACGUACAUGUACCUACUGGUGCGGGCGAGACGUACUGUAACUAAAUACGAGUAAUGUGUUUCAAAUAUCAAUCUUGCUUAUGUCAGUGUACGUUCGAAUUGACCUGAGAGCCCUCGUAAAUCUUUAUGUGAGGAUUAAAUAUUUCUGUGUAACUAUGUAUAUAUUUUGUACAUACAUACUUAUCUACUUGCAAAUUUC